AUGACAUUAAACCAUCUUCAAGCUCGUGCAUAUGAAUUCCUACUGGUUAAAAAGACGGGCGUGCAGCAGAAUGUUGGACUCAUUCAGUUUAACCGCCCCAGAGCACUAAAUGCUUUGUGUGUUGAACUGAUGAAGGAAGUUAAUGAAGCGCUGGACGUUUUCGAAUCAGAUGAUAUCGUUAAAAGCAUUGUUAUCACUGGCAGUGAAAAGGCAUUUGCCGCCGGCGCAGAUAUCAAAGAGAUGCACGGUCGUCCUUAUUCGGAGGUGUAUCGCACCAAUUUUCUGUCAUCCUGGAAUCGCGUCGCUCUGCAUCGCAAACCAAUCAUCGCUGCUGUCUGCGGUUACGCUCUCGGUGGCGGAUGCGAACUGGCCAUGAUGUGCGACAUCAUAUAUGCCAGUGACACUGCCAAAUUCGGACAGCCAGAGAUCAAACUAGGCACUAUUCCUGGCGCCGGCGGGACUCAGCGGCUGAUUCGCGCCAUUGGUAAAUCCCGGGCUAUGGAAUUAAUCCUUACAGGGGACACGUUCACUGCACAAGAGGCUGCUGCGGCCGGUUUGGUCAGCCGCGUUUUCCCUGCUGCUGAUGUCCUACCGAAGGCUAUCGAACUAGGUGACAAAAUUGGCCGAUUCUCUGGCCUGGCCGUCCAAGCUGCCAAGGAAGCCAUCAACGCUUGCAAGAAGUAA